CCCUGCACGAGUAGCCAUGACAUAGAUUUUGAUGGGCCAAUCACACUAAAAACUCGCACAAACGAACUCACUCUUCAAUUGUCAUAUUCUCCGCAUCUGAGUCUGUUACUCUCUCUCUCUCUCUCUCUCUCUCUCUCUAAUCGCACGCAUCGUCUUUCUUAUGGUGAUCGCAGCUGCUUCUUCACUCUGCUUAGGUCGUUCCAGUUGUCAAUUGUGCCAUGCAGAUGGGUUUUCUUGCUCAACGUCGAAUGGGGUCACAAGCACUUGGAUCAAAUCUCCCAUUGACAGUCACAAACCUUCUGAUUGUUCCAGCAUAAGGUGUAGAAGUCCUUAUUUUGGAACACAAUUCCAUAGGUCAUCUGUGGGGCAUGAUCAUUGCCUUUGGAAAGUUUCAGUUGCUGCAGAUUAUUCUGAUUCAGUACCGGAUUCAUCUAGCUAUACAAAUGACCAAAGUUAUCAUCCACUUGAAGAAAUCAAAGUCAACAGAAGGAUCCGGGAAACUCAGCUCACCUCUGCCGAAAUAGCUAGGACAACUGUUGAGGCUAACAGCAGUGCUUUGCUGGUAUUUCCGGGGACAAUACACAGUGAACCACAUGAACAAAUUUCAUGGGCAGAUUUUCAAUAUGUUAUUGAUGAUUAUGGAGAUAUAUUUUUUCAAAUUUUUGAUGAUAAAAACAUUUUGCAAGAUCCUGGAGCUAGUAAUCCUGUGAAUGUUUUGAUUGGGAUCGAUAUUCCAAUGUAUGAGAAUAAAAGGGUGGCCAGUGAGUAUGAUGUUUUCGAUAUUGGCAGUACUGACGAUAUUCUGUUUGAUGAUGACUACUUUGAGGUAAUGGAGCCUGAAAUGUCUGAUGUUCCAGUUGAUUGGGGGAUGCCAGAUACUUCCAGUUGGGUUCAUCCUAUUUAUUUUGCCAAGUGCUUGACAAAGGCAGUUGAUAUGGAAUAUGAUAGAAAAAUGGACCAUCCAUCAAAUGGUGUUUCCAUUGUUGGGUGCCUCAGACCUGCUUUUGCUGAUGAAGAAUCAUACUUAAGAAGGUUAUUUCACUUUGAAGAUAAUGAUGAAUAUAAUUCCAACUGGAAAGAUGCAGAAAUUUUGAGCUUUAGCUCCAAAAUUAAUGGAAGCAGCACAAGAUCAACUAUUUAUCGGUUGGAGAUCAUGAGGAUAGAGCUAUUCUCUGUAUAUGGCAUUCAGUGUGCAAUUGGUUUAGAAGAUUUUCAAGAUGCUGAGCCCGAUAUCCUUGCACACUCUACUUCAGCAAUUCUAGAACAUUUUAGUGAGAAGGGAAUCAGGUGCAAUGCUGCUCUUAAAGCUCUUUGCAAGAAAAAGGGUCUUUCUGCUGAGGGAGCUAAAUUGAUUGGGGUUGAUAGCCUUGGCAUAGAUGUCAGAAUUUUCUGUGGUGUGGAAGUACGAACUCAUCGUUUUCCCUUCAAAGUCCGGGCUACCUGUGAGGCAGCUGCUGAAAAGCAGAUUCAACAGCUAUUGUUUCCAAGGUCUCGCCGAAAGAAAUUUAGAAGUCAUGCUGAUGGACUUAGGGACUCCAAGUCAUUUUAGUUCUGCUGUUGUAACUAAUAUUGAGGAAGGAUUUUGCAGUUUUUAAAUAAAUUUUUAGGCUGGGUUUGUCAUCGAUGUAGGCCUUUAAGAAAUCCAAUAAAUUACAGAUGAGAAAAACCUUCUUUACAUUUUGAAAUAUAUAUCAAAAGGUUUUUUGGCUUUUCUA